GCUAUUAGCCGAGCUCCUGGAUAUGGAUCUAUACCAUCUGUAUAUCCAUUGAUUAAACUAAGCCCAUAGCCCCAUGACUUGACAUAUUGCCCCACAGCCCCAUUUGUGCCCCAUAUCGCUGCCCCAUGGCCCCUUGACUCCAUAGUUCAACCCAUAGCUCUGAUAUCACCCCUUAGCUCCUCUUAUAUCUCCGGUUUGAUACCGUGUCCCAUUCCAUAGCAUCAGUAUGACACCAUAUCCUGCCCUACAGCUCUGUGUUCCUCAGCCCUGCAGCCUUCCUCUCGCCAUGCUUCUCCUCACCAUCCACGCGCUGACCUUCGCUGUGGGUUUUCCUGCGAACGUCAUCACCUUCAUCAUCCUCUUCACCAAUAUCCGAUGUCACCGUCCUCAUCCCCAGCUCAUGGCUGCCGACCUCCUCCUCCUCCACCUCACCACCGCCGACCUCCUUGUCCUCCUCUUCCUUGCCUUCAAGUUUGCUGAGGUGGCUGCCAACAUAUUGUGGCCCUUCCCCAAAGCGCUCUGCCCCAUAGCAAACUUCUGCUUCUACUCCAGCAUCUACCUCAGCACUCUCUUUAUGGCUGCCCUCAGUGUGGAGCGCUACUUUGGGGUCGUGUUCCCACACCGCUACAACCGGCGCCGGAGGUUAUGGCGGACGAUGGUCGCCAGCGCCGUCCUUUGGGUGGUGGCAUUGUCCCAUUGUUCCAUCGUCUUU